UUCCUACGACAUAUCCAUCACCUAAUAAUGAAGAUGAUGAUAAUUCAAAGAAAUCAAAGAGUAAAGUUAUAAGAAGAACUAUAAUAAUAACGAAACCGUUUUUACCACCUUUGCCAGAAGAUUUAUCACCCGGAGCUAAUUCAUCCACACCACCAUCACCCGGAAGUGUUAAAUUUGUCUCAUUAGUAAAUCGUAGGUUAACAAAAAAGAAAAUUAUACAUCUUGCAGCUGAUGGACGAAAAUGGUUCCUGUCUAAGCGGGGUAAAGAUAAUAAUUUAGAUGAUGAAAAUAAUAAAGAAAAGGCAGGUAGAUUAUCACAACAAAGUUCAAUCAAUACAGAUGAUACAAAUGACACAAACAAUUUAGCCAUACCAAUACCCGAACGAAGUUCAUUAUACCGAUCACCAACACCGAUUCCAUCACCUAAUACGCGAGAUAGUGUAAUGAAUGUACCAUAUGGAAUUCCUAUACCACCAAUUCCAGCUCCUCAUCGACAAAGUAUUUCUUCAAAAAGAACAAGUAAAAGUAGCACCUAUUCUUCGAAUAGUAAAUAUCGAAAAAGUAUUAGUGGAAAGAGUAAUUAUAGUGGCUAUGGAGAUAGUUUAUAUGACUGUUAUGAUUAUUCGGACCAAGAGGCUGCCGAUGAUGAAGGAGAAGAAGAAAACGGAUCAAAAAGGCACAAACUAGAUACAGGUACCGUAGAUCCUAUACAAUGGAGUACUAUUAAAGAUCGAGAAUUUGGAGAUGAAGAUUCCAUUUUAAACAAUAAUAAUAUGGAUGGUGAGAAUGUAAAAGAUACGAUGGCUUCAAUUGAGGGAAAUGGAGAAUUAUUAGAACAUCAACACGUUGAAGUUUUAGAAAUGAAUUAUUAUUAUGAUACCAGUUUUCCAAGUCCAUUGCAUGUACCUGGUGUGAUGCCACGGAGAAAAUCACUCGAAAAUUCUAUGCCUAGUACAAGUAUAUAUUUUGCCAAUGAUAUACCUUUACCCAAAUUACUUGGAGAGAUGACAAAAGGAUUGGGGGGUGUUAAUUUAGAUAAUGGGAAUAAUCAUUAUGUUUAUGGUGGGGGGAUUGAGAGUGGUGGAACUGGUAUUGUUACGGGUAUGACUGUAGAGGAGCAUUUGGAUCAAGUGAUGAAGGCACUUGGA